AUGGCGGGCCGGCCGGCGCUGGCCGUGGCGGCGUGGGCGGCGCUGGGGGCGUGGGCGGCGCUGGGGCUCUUCGCGCGCGGCUUCCUCCUCACGCGGGUGGAGCUGCCCGAGCGCAGCGCCUGCCGGAGCCCGCCGGGACCCCCGCCCGCCCAACACCCCCCCCACGGGCCGGGCUGCUGGCUGCCGCGCCGCUUCGCCCGGGCCGUGCUGGUGCUCGUCGACGCGCUGCGCUUCGACUUCGCCCGCUACCGGGAGGGGGAGGGGGAGGGGGAGGGGGAGGGGGUCCCGGGGCCGCCGCCCUUCCGCAACCGGCUGCCGGUGCUGCGGCGCCUGUCGGCCGGGCCUCCGCCGUGGCGGGGCCGCCUGUUCCGCUUCCGGGCCGACGCGCCCACCACCACCAUGCAGCGCAUCAAGGGCCUCACCACCGGCUCGCUGCCCACCUUCGUCGACGCCGGCAGCAACUUCGCCUCGCCCGCCAUCCGCGAGGACAACCUCCUCCGCCAGCUGGCCGCCAACGGCAAGAGGGUGGUCUUCAUGGGCGACGACACCUGGGACGGGCUCUUCCCGGGCGCCUUCUCCCAGGCCCGCUUCUUCCCCUCCUUCAACGUGAAGGACCUGCACACGGUGGACGACGGCAUCCUGCGGCACCUGUACCCCACAGUGGAUGGUGGCGAGUGGGACCUGCUGAUUGCUCACUUCUUGGGCGUGGAUCACUGUGGCCAUAAACAUGGGCCAGAUCACCCAGAAAUGGCCAAGAAGCUCUCCCAGAUGGACAUGAUGCUCAGGUCCUUGGUUGACCACCUGGCGAAUGACACGCUGCUCAUUGUGGCAGGGGACCAUGGCAUGACGAGCACCGGGGACCACGGCGGAGACAGUGAGGAGGAGGUCAACGCGGCCCUCUUUGUCUACAGCAAAGCCCCGCUGUUCCAGAACCCUCCCCCUGAGGAACCAGAGACUGUCCCACAGGUAAACCUGGUUCCCACGCUGGCCUUGCUGCUCGGUGUGCCGAUUCCUUACAGCAGCAUUGGAGAGGUGAUGGCGGACCUCUUUGCGGUGGAGGGGGAUGCUGCCUCCUCAGGCCUGGCCCAGCUGGCAGCAUACAGCGUCAAUGCCCGUCAGGUCAACCGCUUCCUGCGCUCCUACUUGCUGGCUGCUCAGGACCUCUCGGCAGAGAAGCUGCAGCGCCUCCAGGACCAGUUUUCUUCCACAGUGGAGGACUACGAGAGGCUCCUGGCGCAGGCCAGCCCUCCGGCGCUGUCGGAGGUGGAGCGCCUCCAGAGCCGCUUCCGGCGGUACCUGCGAGAGGCCCGGGCCGUGUGCGAGGAGUCCUGGGCCCGCUUCCAGCCCGCCUGCAUGGUGGCCGGCUGUGCGCUCCUGGCCUCCUCCUGCCUGCUGUGCUGCGUGGCCUCCCAGGCGGCCUCCACCUUGAGCUUCUCCUAUCGACAUCUCCUCUGCUACCCUCUGCUGUGGGGACUGGCGGGGGCGGCUGUGCUGGGCCUGGCUCACCUCUGGGGCUGGGCUGGAGCGGACGUCAUCUUGGUGUCUGCCUGGGGAGCAGCGGCGUCCCAGUGUGGGUUCUUCUGGCACUGCUGGGCGAGGCGACCCUGGAGGUCCUGCUCUGCCGGCACCCGUCCUUUAUCCGGAGGUGCCAGCCUGAGGCAGAAACUGUGGGCGUGGGCGGGCCCGGCUCUCCCCUUUAGCAUCCUCCUGAUUCGCUGUGGGGCGAUGCUCUCGGAUAGUUUUGUGAUGGCCGAAGCCCAGGUGGCUCCUUUUCUGCUCUCCUCCUUGGCGCUCCUGCUGGUCGUGCAGCUCCAUUGGGAAGGGAGGCUGGAGGACUCGUCCUUGUCCCGGCGGCUGCUUGGCAUGCUGGCCGUCGUCCUCGCCUGUGCACGCCUCUCGGGGCUCUUCCGGCAGUGCCGCGAGGAAACCCCCCAGUGCAGCUCCUCGCCCCUUCUGGCCCCUCUGUCCAGCUUGCAGGACCCGCGAGCCAAGAACUUCUACUACGUGCUUUGUUUGGCCGUGCUGGUGGGGCUGGCGUGGGGGGUGCGUGCCUGGCUGCGCCACUAUGGCAACCUGAACAGCCCCAGCGCCCCGGUGCUCUUUGUGCGCUGGGGCUUCCCCCUGCUGGCCAUCUGCAUCGGCGGCUACUGGGCCGUCACCUCUGGGGCCGAGGAGGCCCUGGCGAAAGCCCACCCAUGGGUGCAGCUGGCCCUGGUUGGUUUCCCACGGGGCGCCUUCGUCCUGGUGGCCGCUGGGCUGGUCCUGGUCCUUUGGGACCCCGUGACGGUCUUUGCGAAGGACAGCCGCCGGGAGGCAGCCGUGAUGGGGGGGCCCAUCCUGCUCCCCAGCUCCCAGGAGGAGCUCCGGCAGGUCAUCCCGCAGCUCUACCGCCGGAUGCAGGAGUCCCUGAAGAACCGGCUGGACGAGGCCAAGACUGGGGGCCGGGCUGCCGUGGCCGCCUAUGGACUGGGCAGCGUCUACUCAGCCGCCCUGCUCAUCUGCGUGGCCCUGCUGGCCUUCUUCCUGCUGGUGCUGCAUGGCGAGCGGCUCAGCCUGGCCUUCCUGCUGCUCUUCCUGGAGGCCUUCGCCUUGCUGGAGAUGCGCGCCUGUGCUGUGGCCCUGACUGCGCAGGCCGAUCCCUUCACUGUGCCAUGGGAAGCCCUCAUCGGCUGGUCUCUGGCCGCUGCCCAGUUCUUCUACGCCACAGGCCACCAGCCCGUCUUCCCUGCCAUCCACUGGAAUGCAGCCUUUGUGGGGUUCCAGCAGGGGCACGCCACCAACCUGAUGCCAGCUCUCCUGGUUGGGGCCAACACCUUCGCCUCACACAUCCUCUUUGCAGUUGGCUGCCCCCUGCUUCUGCUGUGGCCCUUCGUCUGUGAGAGGCCCCCUGGCUCCAGAAGCAGGACGCCGGAGAGCGGGACGGAGAGCGGCGAGCGGCUGAUGGAGAUGAGGCUGCGGGAAGCUCCAGAGCGGUUUUCGGCAGCGCUGCUGCAGCUGGGGCUGAAGUACCUGCUCGUUCUGGGGCUUCAGAUGCUGGCUUGUGUCUUGGCGGCCAUGAUCCUCAGAAGGCAUCUCAUGGUGUGGAAGGUGUUUGCCCCAAAGUUUCUCUUCGAGGCGCUGGGCUUUGUGGUGAGCAGCUUCUUCCUCCUGUUGGGCAUCGGCCUGGUGAUGCGCGUGGACUGCGCCAUCAGCCUGUGGUUCAAGCAGGUCAUCCUGGCUCAGCCGAGGUAG